GCGCCAUUUUGCAUCAUCUGAAAAUCUGUUUGUUUGUGGCACGGCCGCCGUAGCUCGAUAAUACUUUCCUCCUCCCACUAGUCGCUCUCCUCGGUGUCCUGCGGGGGUUUUAAAUGUGCAGAGAGGCCAGGCCAGGUGUGGAGAGGUGGAUAACACGCCCAUGUGGGCGGAAAUAAGUCAGUGGUGCCGGUAAUAGCCCCUGAAACUUAGGCGUGUACACAGACCUCUGCUCCUGAAGGGCGUUUUACGACUACUUCAAGUUUUUCUCUCGGUUAUUUUUGUCUUUUCUAGUUUUUUUUAUAGCAAGGGUAUGAUAAGUUACCUCUAAAGUAUCUUCUGGGAACUGAUCACAUUUGGAGUAAUAUGAGCAGGAUUUCCAUAUCAAGGUGAAACAAGAUGUUUUGGAAGUACAAUUUUGGCUCCUCUGUCCAGAUUGAGACUCUUCUACAAAAAGAAGAUGUUACGCUUUCGGAACUCAUGGAUGAGGAUGAACUCCUCCAAGAAUGUAAAGCACAAAAUAGAAAACUUAUUGACUUUCUGACUCGAGCAGAGAUCCUUGAUGAGUUAGUAUGUUUAGUGGUAAAUGAGCCAGCCAUGGAUGGGGAGUUGCAGAUGCGUUUCAAAUAUGCUAACUUGGCUGCAGAGUUACUAACUGCGGAUGUUCCAGCAAUCAUAGACAAGUUGGUUGCUUCUACAAAUCUUUUAGAUAUCUUGUACAAAUUCCUCAAGAAGGAGAAACCCCUGAAUCCACUGUUGGCAUCAUUUUUCUCCAAAGUUCUGGGCAUGUUGGUACAGAGACGAUCAGAGCAGAACUGGUAUUCCUAUCAGUUCACUUGCUUCCAGGUAUUGGACUUUUUAAAAUCCAAAGGUGAUUUUGUUGAGCUGGCUGUGCAACAUGUGGGGACUUCAGCGAUAAUGGAUUUGAUACUCAGACUUAUCUGUAAUGUGGAGGAGGAUGAGAUCCGUCAAAGUGUUCAUCAGUGGCUGAAUGAGAGUCAGCUAAUAGAACGAAUAGUAGACCGGUUAUCGCCAGAAGCCGACCCAGAAGAACACUCAAGUGCCGACAAUAUUCUCUGUGAAAUUAGCACCUCAUGCCGAGAUGCCAAUAAUGACGCCCAUCCACAAAGUAACCCACUCCUCUUGACCCUUGAAAGUGAAGAAACUAUAAAUAAAUUGCUGGACCUACUCCUUCAUGAAGAACGGAACGAGUCUUCACUGUCACAUGUCAUCAAUAUUUUGCUUACGCUUCUUGCCGCCCGAACACAACAACAAAUGCAGCAACAAGGAUCACAACAAUCAGCGUCCAUAGAAUCUAGCAAUAGUGAUUCGUGUGAAGGAAAGAGAAAUGCUGUUGCGAGAACAAUCGCCAAACGUUUGCCGAGCCUUCACAAUAUUCUCCUACACCCACCAAAGAAAGGGUUAAUACUAACUGCAUAUGGUGAGGAAGUUGAGCCCUUGGGAAGCACUCGUCUACAGGUUGUGACCUUGGUAGCUGCUUUGGUGGCUGCCAAUGAUCCCAUCGUCCACAAUGCCCUUUAUGAACUUAAUACAGUUGAAUAUUUGUUGGACUUAUUUUUCAAGUUUAUGUUGAAUAAUUUCCUACACACACAAGUGGAGCAGUGCCUAACAGCUAUACUGACAAAAGCCCCAAUUGCCUCGUCGCCUCAGGGGGAAACGGACCACCUUUUGCUCACCCAACUUUUUACCGAAUGUCGCAUCAUUGAAAGAGUUAUAUCGGCCUAUGAAGAUCCUUCGGAGCCACAGGAUUGUAAACAGAUCCAUAAUAUCAAAGGCUACAUGGGUCAUCUAAGACAGUUAGCCAACACUAUUGUCCAACAGGCUGAGUUUGGCCCCAACGAGCACCGUAUCAAGCGUCUAAUCCAGGACCUCCCUGCAGAUAAAGCCACACAGUGGGAUGACUUUGUGUCUAAUGCAUUGGCUGAAGUUAACCGUAUAAAUGAGAUUACACCUUUACCGGUUCAGGGGAUGCAUCAUCAUCUUGACACUGAUGACGAUUCCGACGAUGAUUCAAAUUUUUAUCCACAAACCUUUGACAGUCCCCUUGUCAAACAGAGGAACUACAUGCUUAGUGGUAGCUCUUCUGGAAGCGAGCAUGAUUGGGGGUUGGCUUCGGUUGAGGCAGACGAGACAGAUCGGGGCCCACAUGUGUACCAAGAGAGGCAGGAGGAAAGUGAGGAGGAGAACAAGCAACCUGAACAUGUAUUGUGCCAAGAAACUGAAACUUAUCAACUUAUGGCAAGAAACAAGGGUUUUAAAGAAAUGGAUAUGGACGUGAUUGGAGACUUUCGGUAUGCUGAUGAUGAAUUUAAAGAUCCAGAUGACAACCUAAGUGGACCCCUUCAGAGGCUGAGUACACAAGCUCUGGCACUCUCUGGUGCCUCAGGAAUGGGAACUGGUACUACUACAGGUGGUCAGGGAAUUGAAGGAGGAGGAGAAGGUGGGGUUGCUGAAGAUCACGAUUUGUUUGAGGAGAUGUGCGCGCACCGACGUCAAGACAUGAAUGACUUUGACGACAUGUGGAGUGACAAGGAAAAGGAAAUCACUUUCAACCAAGAGUCUGUGCAGUCAGAAAAUGAUAAGGAGAAGGAGACGGAGUCCAGCUCGGAAGACGAAGACGAAGAGGAGUUUACUGGACUCAGAUCAGGAGAAACUAAAAUGGAAGUUGAUCAGGAUGACUGGGCAGAGGUAUUUGACAAACGGUCUAGUGGGGGUCAAAACAGUGGCCCGGAGGAACCUGUAAACCCCUGGCAGUCGGCCCCCAUGUCAGAUACCUCUGACAAUACUGGCUGGGCAGACUUUGGUGGAAAUGUAUUUGGAGGUGCUUCCACUGUGGAUCCAUUUGGACAAAGUCGUAAGCAUAAAAAGGAGACGUUUUCUACAGAUUUCACCAAUGUCUUUGGUCCUGCUAUGGCUCAGCAAGAUAGCUCAAAUUCUGUUUUUGGUGACACUACCACCAACCGAGAGGCCUUCAAAGCAGAUUUCUCUAAUGUGAAUUUUGACUCGGCAUUUGAAUCUAACUGUGAUGACCAGAAGAACACGGUUACCCCGGCAGGUGACCCUCAAAAUAGUAAUUUGGAACCAGCAGAGAGUGAAGAAGAGUCAGGGAAGAGAGAGGAGAAGGACCAAGAUGAUUUAGUAGAUAAUUUCAACUUCCUAUCAUCUCGAGGCCUGCUGAAGAACAGUGAUGAGAGUUCAGGUAGCGAUGAAGCAGGUACGACAGAUCCCGUUGUCAGCAAGAGUGACGCGGUAACGCAAGGCGACCCGAGUCAAGAAGAUGGCAAGACAAUAGCAGAGACGCCAACACAGAGUUAAUAUUUCCCCCAAGGGUGAGGAGUGGGAGGAUCAACUGUAUGAGGAUGUAGGAUAACUGCCUGCCAGCAACACCUCAGGAUUGACAUGCCUGAUAUAUACUUCCAGUCUAAAAAUGCUCUAACCUCAUAGAAACUCUCCAAUGGAAUUGCCUUUAUUUAGGUUUUUGUAUUUGUGAUAAAUGUUGUCUACCACAAAACAACAACAAAUGUUUUCCUUCAAGUUUUUUCAGUGGGCUUAGUGAAGUGUAAUAUUUCUGCUUUACCACAAAAGUUGAUUUUUAACUACUACAAUGUAAACUACAUUUUUGAGAUGAGGGAUGCUAGAAUUCAUUUCCCCGAGCCACAGAUUUUAGAUGUAUUAUGCAGUGUAGAAGAACGUGCCUGGACAAGUUGCACAAGAGAAGGGAAGUUUGCUUCCCUUCCCAUGUCAAGGUAACUUGCCAAAUUAUAUUUAUUUACAUAUUUUAUCCUAAACAGUGUUACUAAUGAAACAAAUGUAGUUAUUAUAUUGGGUUUUGAUAACUAGUAAUUAUACAGGUCUGGAACUGGAUCAAAACGAAUUAUACACGUCCACUCUAGUGAUACAAUUCCUAAUUGUGUUUUUAACAGUACACUCCAUAGUAUUUGCCAGAAAUAUAUGAAUUAAAGUAAUUGUUCCAACAUUGAAUACAGAUAUGAACUAGGUAUUCCAGCUGAUGAAUAUGAGGACAAUGACAUUUGUAUAAAAUUCUUACAGGCCAAACACCUGACAUUUCCAGUCAUGAGUGAGUGAAACUGUUUUAUGAGAUGUAUGUUGGAUGUUGAGAAACUCUGUUCCUGGUCAUGAUUAUUGAGUGUCAACUGCUUUAUAGCAUGAGAAUUUCUCAUUGAAUUUUGUUAUUAGGCUUUACGUGUCACUGUAUCUUUUGUCAUAUACAGUAUUUUUAAAUAACUGUAUUCUGGGUAGUCAGAAUUGACUUGGAAAAAUGAGGACCAGUUUGAUAAAUCCAUUAUAUGGUCUCAAUCUUGAGUUGUUAAGGCUAGUGUGUUAUGAAAUUGUUCAAUGUUAAAUGACAGGCGAUAUACUGCUGAUCAGCCUCGACAAAUUUUAUACAAAUAUUCUUUGUUCAAAAUUAUGUACUUGACCUCUUGAAAUGUCAUUACCAGCAUUUAUAUAUAUAUAUAUAUAUAUAAAUUACCAGGGAACUUUUAAUUUCAGGAUUAGACUUCUCAUUUAUAAAUCAAUACAGAAGCUUUUUCUUGUCAUUAAGUGUUGGUUUAUCAUUCCAGUGAGGAAGUCUUAGCAAAAAUUAUUUGGAGACCCAAUAGUUUUACUUGGAUUAAGUAGGUUAUUAGUUUUAGUGCUCUGCAAUUAAAGCUGGCAUUAAGUGUGUGAAUUUACAAAAGAAAAGCCAAAAAGACAUGAAACGACUCGUCCCUAUCCUCACACCCUUCCACCGGUCUACAGAAAGCUCAUUAAGCUUGUCUGAAUUGCUAUAGUACAAGACAAGUCAUUUUGUAUUACUGGGAAAUUUUUACAUCUGAUAAGUUCAAUGAGGUGCAAAUCUGGACAAAUGUUCAAUGGCAGAUCUUGAAAAUACAGGGAGCAUCAUUCCACUACUGAAACAAAAUGUGUCUUUGGAUUACGUGGCAGAGUUCUCUCUCACUGUUUUAAUAGCCCGUAAUACUGCAAUUUUAUUUGUACUAUUCCAUCUUAAGAUCUUCACAGUGAACUCCCAGUUUUGGCCUUCUAGAUCUGCCCAUUUAGCACUUAUUGUUCAUUAAAAUUGUUGGUUUACCGACCAGUCUGUGAUUAACAGUGAAUACCCUUUGUAGCAUCUCUUUCUGUAGAUACUACAACUACUUUUGAUUUGGUGCUACUGUUUAUUUAUUAAAUAGAUAAAAAUAUGAAUUGUCAUUGUCUGCAUAUGUAGGACAUUGAGUAGGCUCAAGUUACUUUCCAUUAAUAGUAAAAUUGUCUUAACAGUACCUAUAUGGGUUUAUAGAUUGAUUAUAUAUAUAUAUAUAAAUAUAUAUAAAAUUAUAUUGUAUUAAGAGUACAGGUGUUACAACCAGUCCCCUUCUUCCCUCUGCUCUUACUGUGAUGAAAGGCACAGUUCUUAGGUUAAUUCAAGUCAUUAGGACAGUGCUGUUCCCUAUGAAGGAAGACCCUAAUUGUUCCUAGAUAUUAAACCUUUAUCAGGUUGACACUUAUUAUCCAUACUAGAUUACUGAAGAGUCUCCCACAGUUCAGUUGUGUACAGUUAAAUAAGUGAUCAAACCUCCAAGUGAAUAUGCAAUAGAACUAUUGGCCCCCUGACCUCUACAAUUCCAUAAUAACAACCAUUACAACCUAGUUAUAAAUGCUUUGGUGCCAGUGUCCAUUAAUGAAGUAUGCAUGGUGUGGCGAGUUGGUGAGAAUGGCAUUCCAGUCUGUUAAUACCAGUAAACUAUUAGUCUGACUGUGACAUCAUGGAGCUUACCAUGUAUGGUGAGAAGUAAAUUAUAUGAGCUUUUAUGAUAACACUCCUUGGGUGAUAAUGUUACUAUCCUCGUGUAAGAUUGGAAAUGGAGUCAUUAUAUUAUUGGUAUGAUUUUUACAUUAGCAUUCUUACUGAAAGUGCUUUUGUGUGUGUGGAAGCAUAAUGGCAUUGACAGAAAUAAUUAUGCCAUGUAUGAUACCUAGAAAAUGCAUUAUGAUGCUGUAAAUAAAGGAUACCUUUAAUUA